GUCAUCGUUUCGCGGGCUCGCCCAACAUUCGUUCGUUUAGUGUUAGUGGCAUUGUUGUCAGGCACAUUUCUUUUAUAUUGGAAUACGAAAGAAGAUAUGUCUUUUACAGCUGUACAAUUCAGUGUCGAUGAAGGCGGAACGAUAGCUGUGGUGCAUUCAUCAGGGCUUACGCCUCUUAAGCGGGAAGUAUUUUGGCCUCCAGUGAAGUCCGGUGCAACACUGAAACAACUGUUAUUAGCUGGAAAACAAGCUGACACAGAAAACUGGAAAUUAUACGGAAUUUCUAAGUGUUUUUUUAGUGGUGAUGAUUAUGACAAGGCUGAGAAAAAGUUAAAACUAUUGGAGGAGACCUCUGAUAUCUUCUCAGAAUCUGAAGAGGAAACAACUAGGAAACGGAAAAGAGUAGCUAAGCGGAUAAUUUACGAAUCGGAUGAGAGUGAUGAUACUUUACCGAGACCUCCAAAAGUAACUGUAAAAGCGAAAUCCAUAGCAAGUACUUCUGCAUUAGUGCAAGGAGGGUGUAGUUAUCCAAGUCCAAGGAAUUCAACACCGUAUCUGUCACAGAGUCCAUCGUCGCAUCAAGGGCAGUCAGAAAUAAUUACUUCAAAAGUAAACUACAAUUUUGGAUUUGCAUCAACUCCGGGUCCUCAAGUUGCAGAAUCAACUGAUAAUAGUGAAAUAUCUUGCUCACAUCAACAUAACGAACCUGCUUUUCAGAUUAAACUUCUUAAGCAGCUAAAAUUUUUGCAACAGCAGAAUUCACAAAUAUUGGCCCUUUUAUCAAAGCAGUCGCAAUCAUUAGCAAGCAAUUUAAAAAUAAGUACUCUACCUGAAAAUUUACCAUGCGAUUUUCCUGUCGAAGAACUGGAAAAACUACAGGACUUUGAGGAGUACUUAAAAGAUGCUCAGAACAAUGCGUACAUGGUGAGAUAGUUCAGAAUUUUUGAAAGUCUUUAUCCAACAUUGUAGAAAAUUGUACGGUGAAGAAUUUAUAAUAUAUAAUGUUCACAUGCUUUUGCAUUUGAAAGAUGAUGUAGAUCUCUUUGGUCCUUUGGACAAUUUUUCAGCAUUCCCUUUCG